AUUCAAACGGCGCGCAGAACACGAGUUCAGUCUCACAGAGCUGCGGCUGAUCUCAGAUCAGAGCACAGUCGCACCGAUGUGUGUCACAGGAUGGGCGUGUGACGCCAUUUCCGGUGCCGUGAUGGCGGUGGAUUUGACUCCGCGCUUCAGAAGGCUGAACAGUCAAAACUGUUUUAGAGAGAAUAAACAACUGUCAGGUUUCUCUGGGCCCUUCAGGGCCACUCAGCUGUGGCAGAACAUCAUCGAGGCUCUGCGGGCGCAGGUGGAGCUCCGACCCCACAGACAGCACCUCCGCGUCCAUCACGACUGCUUCAGCGGCUCCGAAGCGGUGGAUGUAGUCCUGAGCCACCUCAUGCAGAACAUCUACUUCUGCUCCAGCGAAGUGUCCCGUCUCAAAGCCGCCAGGCUCUGCCAGGCCUUAAUGGAGUCCAGGGUGUUCGAACCCAUCGGUAUGAAGCUCUUCAGACGAGACAAGGAAAUGACCUUUGAGGACUCCAGCUGCAGCCUCUACCGCUUCCUGGAUGGAUCGACCAAACCGACCUACGCUGAGAACCAGACUCCAGACAAACAAACCGGGAAGAGGAAGACCACUGCGAGGUUUGGAGAACUGCAGACCAUCUCCAACCCCUUGGUUCUUGGAUCAUCAGACAGAAGAGUGGAGAGACUACUGAAGAAUAUAAACCUGCACCCAUCUGUGCCCUCGGAUUUAAACCGUGCUGCAAUUUCCAACAGCCUCCUCUCAAAAAAAGUGGUGCGGGACGUUUGGAGGCAGCAGGCGUUACUUCAGUUGCUACAGGUGGUGGAGAUCUCUAUGCUAGACUCUAUUCUGACCUCACCGGCCAAACUGGAGCCCCUGCGCUCGUCUCUGCGCGAGCACGGCGACCUGGUCAUCUCCAACACCUGCGUGGAUCGCGAAGUGUCCGAAAGUCUCAGCCUGCCUGAGUUGGACUCUUGGCUGAAGGCGGCAGUGGACUGUCUCGAUCUGUUCCCUGAUCAGUUCAUCGUUGUUGCCAGUGAGCAGCUCCUCCAGCAGAAUGCAGCGUCCGGGGAGGAGAAGCAUAAGAGACUGCUGUUCGACACCAUCGCCAAAUAUUACAACAGCCCCGAGAGACCUCCGCUACUGUUAGGCCGCUACACGGACAUCCAGACUGGAAUCCUGAAUCUUUUGGAUUGUGGGAGAGGUGAGGACGCCCUGAGAGCAGCUCAGCUCUGUCUACAGCUGCUGGAGUCCACAGACAGAGACCAGUUACGCAGACUGAUGGGUUUCCUGGCAGCCGCUGCGGAUAAUGAAGCUUUCAGACUGCACAAGCAGAUUGAGAACCGGGCUUUGGUUAGCAAGACGUUUGUGAAGGCGGUGAUCCAGAGUAAAGAAAUGACCCGUGUCCAGUCUGAGCGCCUGCUGCUGUUCCUCAUGGACAAUCACACGCAACUCUUUAAGACACCGUCAUCAUUAAUUGAGGCUGUGAGGAAGACACUACAAACCUUGCAGCAAGGAAGAGAUCUAGAUAAUGUAACAUUGUUCACUUUCUGCCAGCAGGUGUCGCUCCAGCAGUACGAGGACAACAAAGAUAAGGCCACUCUUGAUAGUUUAAAGCAGUUAAUGCGUCACGUCUCUCACAGCGACGGGCUGACGGUCAAACAGAAGAGACGACUGGCCAAACACUUCCGCAAACAUCACCCAGGGAUUUUCCUCCAGCACUUCUUUACUGCUUUCUAGUAAGCGAGGAACACAGGAUUAAAAAAAACAGUCGUGAACGUGUUUUAUUAAUCUGGGUUAUGGAGUCGAGUGGCUUCAUCAAUUAUAGUGAUUAGAAAUGUGUUACUAAAUUUACAGGACUGUGUUUGUAGGGAGAUGACUUCAUUUGCAAUUAGACUCUGAUUUAUUAGAAGUAUCGUAAUUGUUAGAAGUAUUAAUAUAAUCAAGAAAGCUCUGUACACUACAUAGACUUCAUCAGGUUAGUAAACAUGCUGUUUU